AUGAAGCGGGUUCGAUCUCUGUUCCUCUUGCUUGGAGAUAUGUUUGAUGACCUUGAGUACCUUCGGGAAUGCAAUCACUUCUUCCCAGAGAAUACAGAGGUGUUGCAGCUUCAGCAAAGAGAAGGCCAAUUUGUACUUACGGCCCGAAAGCUUGCGCUGAACCACUAA